AUGUUUAUUUUUACCAAGUCUAUAGUGAACAUCAAAGUUCACUGUGUUCCCCAAGAAAAUACUUUAUUGCUUAAUAUGCUAAGAUCAAAGACCAACCGCUCAAACAAAUCCAACAACUCCACCAGCACCAAUGGCUAUGAAUCUGCUGAGCAGAUUUCACCAAGUAAUGUAGGGGAACUUUUGGAUCUUAUGGAGCAAAGAACCAGAGUUCCAAGCAGUGCUCCAAUGGCUCCAUCACCCAAAAGAGCACGCACAAACAAUGAGAAUGAUCCAUCUGAGAGCACUCAUACAAUUGAAGAUGUGUAUCAGAAAAUUGACCAGGUGAGCACCUUCCUUUUGAGUAGUGCUCAAAAUGUAGCUUCAAACACAAUUGCUACUAUUGCAAGUGAGGUCGUAGAAAAUGUCCUUGCUCCUGGACGUAUUUCUACUGUAGAUGACUACAUGUUUAAUGAGAGCUUGUACAGUCAGUACAAUGGAUCAGAAACAUGUCGCUCUGAUGGAAACAGACAAAUAAUUCAGUCUACUAGCAAAAGGCGGCUCUUCGCUUUUGCCUCAAAAAAAGAGUACUUUGUGAAGACAUUUGGAGAAGAUAGCAACAUACUUCUUCAGGCUGAUUAUACGUCAGAUCUGGACUCUGACAAUGACAAUGAUUCUGGUUCAUCAAGUUGUUUUUGGCAAUUUUGGCCAACAUAA